UGAAACGUGUUAUAUUUGUUAAAGAGUAAAGAGCGAGACUAUGUUCGACGUGUGUUCGACGCUGAACGAUAGGGAAUAAGUAGAGUUACGAAGUAGUUGUCAAAAGUUUAAUUACCGUUUGCGGACUUCGAUGUGCUGUAAAUUAUACAAAUCGGUGACAGAAUGGCGAAGUAAAGUUGCAAAUGGAAAAUGGCGAAAGUCGUGAAAGUAUCCGAAUCGCUACCUACCGUUCUGAUUUGUGAAUAUUGUACUAACCUUACGUUCAAGCAAAUAGAAGAUUUCAUAAGACAUUUAAGAGAUCAGCAUUGUUCUAGGGAAGGAGGUUCGUUUGUGUGCCUUUAUGGUUAUAAUGGAGUAUGCACUAGUCUUCCUGUGGAAGGUGUUUCUGACAAAGAUUAUAUAGCACAUGCUACUAAGCACGCAACGAUGCAACAACAACGUAAAAGCAACGGUCAAUUGUCAGAGCCUUCUUCCUCAUGGACUGUGUAUUCCGCAGCACAGAAUUUACCAGCUGUUUUAAAUGAUCCUUUCAAAGGAAAACAAAGUAACUUUUUAACUCGUACUUGGGGAGACGGAUUCGUAGAGAAAGUCGAUAUACCUAAAAGUCCUUACCUUCCUGAAAUCACGAUGCAACAUUUUGAAUCAUAUUUAAAGAAAAUUACAAGGAGAUACCGAAAACAUUCUCGUAUGAAUUCAAAUGCCAAUAAAUCGACUACGCCUAACGAGUUGUUACAAAAUUUCCCAAGUUUAAGAAAAGUUAAAUCUUUAGAUCAAAUGCAAUUUGAUUUAUCUAAUAUCCCAAAAAUCUUCUUGAUACCUAAUUUGGAUCUUUCUCAGAAAGAUAAUUUUUAUGCUGUAUUUCCAUUUGCCAAAAAUGGAUUAUUAAAUGAGGAUUCUAAUAUAGUUCUGAAUGUAAAACAAAUGCAAGAGAAGCUAAGUCAUUAUUUAGAUGUUGUUGAAGUUAGAAUAGCAGAGCAAGUUGCUUCCAAAUCUCAAGCAUUUUUCCAUGCUAUGACUUCUCACGACGCCCUAAUGGAGCAACUUACACAAACUAUCACAGUUUUGAAAGCCCUUAGAAAAAAUAUACACCAAGUUGAUAAGCAUCUAGUCAAUGAUUCUUUGGAAAUUUUAAGGUUGGAACGAGCGAGAUCUAAUCGAUUAUUGGUUCAAGAAAAGCUGAAACUUAUGGCUACGGUACACCAAAGUCAACCAAUGAUACAACUGUUGUUAUCUACACCCGAUUAUGUUGCAGCCUUAGAUCUCAUUGCUACAACACAAGAAAUACUUUUACAGGAAUUGAAUGGAGUACAUAGUUUUAGACAUUUAAGCUCUCAAUUGACAGAAAUGGAAAAACUUGUUGAUAAAAUGUUAUCUACAGAAUUUCAAAGAUAUGCAACUGCAGAUUUAAACAGACCAUUAGGCGAGGAAAAUACAGUUUUGGAUGGUGAUAAACUUGUUUCCAUCAUUUCUGGUCUCCUACGGCAAAAACAUUUUCAAUUUGUGGAUACUUACAAAGAGGAAGCUGUAACAACGGUCCGAGCUGUAACAAAACAGAGGGUCAUAGAAGCUUUAGCAGCGAGUGAUUGUUGCAGUGAUCAACAAGCUGCAGCUUUAGAAGUUGGUGGACUUUCCCUCGCGGAAAGAUUGACAUUACUUCACAAUGCUAUACAAUCUUUAACAUUCCUCUUGUUACGAGUUAAGGCUGUUCACGAUGUAAUGCGAGAUACAGUAGACUUAGCGGCAGGCCGAGUACGUGACGGAUCAUUCGAUGAUACGAUUCCCGAUUGCUUAUUAACUCAAGCAGAACAUUCGCGAGUAACGAUAAAACUCAAUGAUAUGAUAACUUCGAUUUGUGAUUAUUGUCAUGAGCGAAUGGGAAAUCUGCUUUCUGCAGGUACAAAUGAUAAAGAUAGAUUACAAAGCGAAAAAGAGAAACUAAACAAUGAAAAUUCAAAUAAUAAACAAGAAGAAAAAGAAUAUCAAAAUUGGAAUGAUAAAUCAUCAUGGUUGAGCAAAAGGGCAACAACAGCUCAAGUAUGUCAACUAGCCAAUUUAGUUGAAGAGUUUACAGAAACUUGCGAGAAACUCUGUGGUAAACAAUGCACAGGUUUACGAUCUGCGUUUAAGGCACAAGCAGGUAAAUUCAUUCAAAGAUUUCAUACUGAGCUUAAGACAAAGCUUACCCUUUUAUUAGAAUCUGAGCGGUGGAAACAAGCUGAUGUACCACCAGAAUUUCAGUCAUUAGUAACAUAUGUAUAUGAAAACAAAGCUUUUCCACCGAAUCUAUUUAAAGUUGAUGAUAAAGUCAAGAAGGAUAAUGUCCAAAACUUCAUUAUGAUAGAAGAUGAAAAAUAUGCCAUUGUUGGUACAGCUUUAAUGCUUAUACAAAUGAUACACGAAUAUUGCAGAACUGGCAGUGAACUGAUAGCUUUAUCAGGAACAAUUGGAAGACAUUUAGCUGAAUUACUGCGGCAUUACAAUUCACGUUGUUGUCAACUUGUCCUUGGAGCUGGAGCAAUGCAAGUUGCUGGUUUAAAGACUAUUACUAGUACAAUACUUGUAUUAGCAGCACGAAGUUUGAAACUAAUUUUGUGGUUUAUGCCUUAUGUUAAAUCACACUUUCAAACGUUUGCAGAACAAAAACCUGGUCGUGGACUUGGUGCAUCUAGUAUAAGCGGUGGCGUUGCAUUACUGGAUAGCGUUGAAAAAGAUAUCCGUGCACAUGUGAAAGAAAUUGAAAGCAAAAUUCUUACUAUUGUCGACAAUCUACUAGGUGGUCAAAUAUCAAAAUGGACUGCAAGACCACCAGUACCAUCAAAAUCAUUUAGAAAUAUUUCUAGUUAUUUAAUGAAAUUACACGAAGCAGUUUCUGGAAUUCUUCCAGCAGUUGAAGUACAAACUCUAUAUCGUACAGUAAAUAUAUCCUUCAAAGAAAAACUUAGAGAACAAUUAGUCAAAAUGAAUAUAGUGAAUAACGGUGGUCCACAGCAUGGUGUAGUCACAUCUGAACUUACAUUUUAUCUAGAGGCAUUACGAAAAUUAAAAGUGUUACCAACUAAUGAAUUAGAUGACAAUUGGAUGAGUGAUAUAUGGACCAGAUAACAUGCAGAGCGCGUGAUAUAUUGCAUAAUAGAAGCAAUGAAAUAUUGUAGAAAAAGGUGACUAAUCUUUAUUACAGUCUUCCUUCACAUGCGUUACAUCUCAGUGAUUAUUAACGUUUUGACGGAUUUUUAAAAAUGUGGCUUGUAUUGAAAUUAUCCAUAUAAAUAUGUCUAAUUAUUUUAUUUAUAAGGUUGUAUGGAAUACAAGAUUAUGGUUUGAUAAUAUUAAUAUGUGUAUGUAUAUACAUAUAUAUAAUAUAUUCUUAUAUAAAUAUAUAUAUGUAUAUAUAUAUAUAUGAAGAAUUAACAAGCAGCAUUUUUAUAAAAUGCUCUAUUCAAUAUUUUAAAAAUAUGUGUAAAUAAUAAUCGGUUUUGUUUAAAAAAAUAUGAUAUUACUUGUAUUGUUUGUUGACAUCUCAAUACAAAUUGUAAGUUAACAAGAUUACUAAUAUUCGAUUACACAUAUUUUGCGUCUCCCAAGUAAUCUUAUAUGCCAUAGUGUUCAAAUAUAAAAUUUCAUAUGUAAGUAUGAAUAACUACACAAAGAAAUCUAUACAAAUAGUAGAAAAUUAUUUUCUUCCAUACCAAUAAGAUUAAAUAUACGAAGUUUAUUUGCAAUUGAAUACAAUAGUAAGCAUGUCAGAAAUUUGUUAUUAAUGAAAUGAUUCAAAUGAAUUGAAUUUAGCAUGUACGCAAAAGUAAGCAUGCAGUAGAAGGACCAAGAUAGGUACUAAAUUACUUGUUCAUUUUUUCCAUAACUAUUCAUGCGUUAUUUGGAUAUCUUUUAUUCUUCAAAAUUAGAAUUUUUUUUAAAUAUAAUAUUACAGAAUAAGAAAUUAGAAAUUUAUACAUUUUGUUAAUGAAACGUAUCAAGACCUAAAAUAUGCAUAAGAAUAAUGAAAGAUGAAAUAUGACUGCUUUUAUUGCUGUGUUCAUUACUCGAACUGAUUAUAAAGAGUACGUUGACAGAUAGAUUGCGACAAUGAUUAUUUAAACAUUUUUAUAUAUAGCAUACUGUUCACAUUAAUCUGUUUUUAUUGACAGAUUAUUGAAUGACUAAUUUCUAAAUAGUAAGCAUAUCUUACUGUUGAACAUAUUCUUUAUUAGAAUAUAUUAAUAUGGGGAUUUUUAUCAAAGUUUUUGAAAUACCCUGUCUCUCAUAUUCUUUUUUGCAUAUGAAUGUAUAUGUAUAUGCAACAAACGUAUAUAUCAUAAAACUACAAUUGCAAAAACCUAAGUAAUAACUUGCAAAAAGAUUAAAAAAUACUCCAUUUCAAGUAACGUUUAAUUUCUUAUCACGUGUGUUUAUUUCUAUUCAAAGAUACUGAAAAGAAUUAUAAAUUACAGCUUAAUUACAUUGUAAUGGGGAUUUUAUAAUGGAUUGUAAAUAUUUCUUUCAACCUCAUAACCAAAGAUAAGGUUACUAAUAGCUAAUAUUCUUCAGUUACUAAUAAAUUAUACAGUUACGAUGUGGCAGGCUUAUAUGACUUUCUGAAAUUAUGUUUGUUUAGAGUAGUUUUAAUUUAUUAUAAAUAUCUGGUAUAUGGUGCAUUCCGUUAUUAACUUCAUCUAGUCCAUUUUGUACAUAAAUAAAGACACUACAAUAA